AUGUCAACGGUCUUUCAUGUCACUGUUCACGUUGCGCCGCAGGAUGUCUCGAGAUUUCUGCGGGCUGCGGAGCCGACAAUUGAAAAGAUGAAGAAAGAGUCCGAGCUGAUGUACUUCGAGAUGUAUCAAGUUCAUGACUCUCCUGGUACGAUUACGUGGAUUGAGAAAUGGUCAGAGCCAGUAGACUGGAUAAUGAAGCACCAAAUGACGAAGGACUAUUAUAAUGACUACUUUGACGCUACGGAACCGUUUUACAUUGCACCGCGGGAGCUGAGAAUUUUGAGCUCUCUUGGACCUCGUCAUACGUAUCAGAAGUCGUGA